AUUAAAAAAAAUGGAAAACAAAAAUUUAGAAGGCCAUUAUAAGAAAGGAAAAAGGCUUGAGGUAAGAUGUUGCGAUUCCCUUUCCCUUCAGAUCUGUCUCCUGAAGGCCCCAAAUUCAAGAGUCCUGUGAUUGUUGCUCAUAGAGGGAAGAAGAAAUGGGGUUGACGUUCACGAAGCUCUUUAGCAGGCUCUUCGCUAAAAAAGAGAUGCGUAUUUUGAUGGUGGGUCUCGAUGCUGCCGGUAAGACGACGAUCCUGUACAAGUUAAAGCUCGGAGAAAUUGUUACCACCAUUCCGACUAUCGGAUUUAAUGUGGAGACUGUAGAGUACAAGAACAUCAGCUUUACUGUUUGGGAUGUUGGUGGUCAGGACAAGAUCCGUCCACUUUGGAGGCACUAUUUCCAGAAUACACAGGGCCUUAUUUUUGUUGUGGAUAGCAACGAUAGGGACAGAGUUGUUGAGGCAAGAGAUGAGUUGCACAGGAUGUUGAAUGAGGAUGAGCUUAGAGAUGCCGUUUUGCUUGUAUUUGCUAACAAGCAAGAUCUUCCUAAUGCCAUGAAUGCUGCAGAAAUAACUGACAAGCUUGGUCUUCAUUCUCUUCGCCAACGCCACUGGUACAUUCAGAGCACAUGCGCGACAUCUGGAGAGGGUUUAUACGAAGGUCUAACUGGCUUUCCAACAACAUUGCUAGCAAGGCCUAAAGCGAUAAAUGAUUUUGGUGGUUCAAGAAUUUGUUCAGAGUUUCCUUCAUUCUGGGACCAAUAGUUUUCAUUUAAUUUCAGUGAUAGUUGGGAAACAUUUGGCUAGACCUUAAAAUGUACUCCAAGUUGUUAAUUGCUUCUUUAAGCUUAAACUUCUUAGCUCCUAGAAGUCCAUUAUUGUACUGUUUUCCAUUCAAUACCAAGUCCAAUUUUUAUCUGAUCAAUUUAAUUAAUAUGAAAUGCCCCUAUUUUGGCGUGCCA